AUGGAUAUUGAUGUUGAUGUGAGAUAUUGGAAGGCUGAAUAUUCACCAAAAUCUUUCAAUGGCUUAUCUCAUCACUUAGAAGAAUGUGUUCAAUUGAUCAAAGAAACCUUUUCCCAGGCAAUUGUGAAUCUAGAAAGAGACUCGUAUGGAGAGCACAAAGGAACUUUGGACUUGGUUGAUAAGUCGGUGAAAAUGUGUGAGAUAUUAACCUCAGCAAAGCUUUAUUCAACUGUCGAGUCACAAGGGGAAACCGAAUCAAAGAAGCAUAAACGGUUAAGAUUGUUAAGCCAAUAUCAAAUUGUUGAAGAAUUUCAUCAAUUUGUGAAUUCUCUUUUUGUUGAGUUUCUUAAUAUAUUGGCGGAAAAAUUUUCUUUCAGAAGUAAUCCUAAUUGUGAUGAUUCAAUUCCUUCAGUUUUAAUAGAUGAAUACUUCAAAUUAGAACUGAUCUUUUAUGAUUCUCUAAAAGAUAUUAGACAAAUUACUGAUUACGUUUAUCUCAAUUAUCCACAAAUAGGGAAAGAAACUUUGGGUGAACUGAUCAUCGAUGAUUACUAUUACAAAUUAUUUGUAAUUAGCGUACAGAGAUUCUGGGGCACCAAGUUCAAUAAAGUUGUAGGAUAUUUCUUCGAUGGCUACAAUUUUGGACCUAUAUAUGAAUUAACAAAAUGGGAUGAAUUGAAAUCAUUUAAAAUUGGUAAUUUUUUAAGAUCAAUUAUCAAAAAUAACUUAAUGAUCGAUGGCAUGUCUCCAAUUGAAUUUUAUGAAAAGAAUUUAUUUGAUAAUGCCUAUAUAAAUCAUGAAAAUAAAUCAUUAAAUGAAUUUUACUUAGAAUUGAAUCAUCGUUUAAUAUUACAAGCAAGACUUGCUUGGCAUAUUGACUCAGCUUUGAUUCAUUUAUCUACACAAAUCAUACUUAGACGAAACUUUUAUGACAAGUCGAACUUAACCUUGGUAUUAAAAAAAUUAAUCGAAUCAACAGAAUUCUUACUUAGCAUGGAGGUUGGAAAUCCAAGGAGUAAGGGCAGCACAGAACUUUUUAGUAUCAUCUAUAAAUUCUAUGAAAAUUUGAAUGAACUGGAUUUGUUAAAAGAAAUAAUAAAAUCCACUUUAUUUAAUUCGAUUUAUCUAUCACUUAAAUCAGAAGGAAAGAAUUUUCAAGCAAACACAAAAUUUCUAUACGUGAUAACAAGGUUUUUAUAUUUCAGUCGAACAAUUCCCAAACAAAAAUUGAAAAUCAAACAGGAAGGUUAUUCAUUGGAUUUUGAACCAAACUCAAUGACGAGGUUUAUAAAGGAUGAGUAUUCUAAAAUUAUCGGUGGUGACUUCAAAAUCAUAGAAUUAUAUCAGAAGUUAUGUCAAAAUCGACUUAAGAACUCUCAGGAGAGUUUUGAGAUACCCUUGGAUGAUUAUGACAAUAUGCUGUUUAUAUCAAUGUAUUGUCUUGAAAUUGAUACCGUUUAUAUAGAAAAUCACUUAAAAUAUUUGUUCAGAAAAUUCAUAAUGAGCGGUUCUACUUUUUGGCACUCAGAGUCAACCUCUGACUUUGAAAAGAAACUAUUAUAUACAUAUGAACAAAUUUCUUUGAAAAGGAGCAACGAAGACAUUAUUAGUAGUUUUAUCGAUGAGUUAGAAACAAGUUGUGACAUAGGGAAAAAAUAUUUUUCAUAUGCUUUUAAAAAGAAUCCCAAAGCUACUUUGCAAUUAGAAUUAGUUCCUAUUGUUCUCAAGAAGGAUAAAAUCCCAAUAACUUUCCCAGCCGAACCAAACCAAAAACCAAGACUCCCCCCUACCUUGGAGUCUAGAUGGUUGGAAUUUGAGAAUUAUUAUAAAUCAAACUAUAACGAUAAGCAUAAUUUACAUUUUGAAUAUUCCUUGCAUCAUUGCGAAGUAUCAUCUCCAUAUAUAUUACCCAAUGGAGAGUACUUGACAUUCCAACUUACUUUAUAUCAAAGUUUGUUACUAGACUUAUUCAACGAAAAAAAUGAGAUAUCAAUAGAGAUGGCUAGUAAGGAAUUGAUAAUUGACAUAAAUACUGUCAGGAUAUCAAUGCAAUCAUUUUUAGAUUGUAGAUUGGUAAAGGAAACCAUCAAUGGGAAUUUUGAAAUUAAUGAUAGUUAUGAACCAGACUUGAGAAGAGUCAAAGAAAAUAAGCUAAGAAUUGGUCUACCUAAAGCUACAACAAUUGCAUCAAAUUCCAGGCCAAAAAGACCUCUAAAAAACAAUUUACAUAAGGAAGGUAGCAGCUCCCAAUGGAAAUUAGAACUUUUAUCGUUAUGUAUUGUAAGAUCCUUAAAGGGCCAAAGCGAUGGAGUUGAUUAUGAUACUUUAUUUAGAAAAGUCGAGAAGCAAUACCACGGUGUCAGUAUUGGUGAGUUUAAGGAAGCGUUAAAUAGGGUUCUAACUGAAAGAUCUAUAAACCAGAAAGAUGAAAGAUUUUUUUACUAG